AUGCCAAGCAGUACUGCUAUGGUGCUACGGUUAUAAACCCUGUUUCAGGAAUCUAUGCUGUAGUAGUUCUUUCUUAUCUAGCUACUGCAUUUUCAAUUUUAAUAGUUUCAAAAAUAAUUUGGAAAAAGCAAGUUGGCCUGAUUUAAGUGACAAGAAUUCCUGACAGGAUUUUUUUCCCCAGUCACUUAUUUCUUUGAAGUACAACUAACAAAUCACCAUCUGAAGUGAGAGGAGCUUUUAUUACAAAACAAAAUCACUUUGUGGUUACAAGUACAGAAAGAAAUGAGAAGCCAGAUAUUUUCCAUAGAAAGAAGACCUACUUAAUAUGGUGAGUGUGUGAUCCUCAUCCAUAUAGAGUCAAAAGGAAACUUUCUGGGACGUGAUAAAAAGGUGCAAGUGAGAGUCCACGCUGUAUGUGGCAGGCAUUGCAGGACUGCAUUGUAAAAAGCUACUGGCUGCUGUUUACAUUUCAAACAUUCCCUGAAUAUGUGUUGUCACAACAGACAAGCAAUUAUAGGCAAUAAUGUCAGUAAUUUGUGGAUUAAGAACUCCUUAAGGAUGUAUUGGCACAGCAGACAGUAGCCGCUUUUAGCUUGCAACUGUUCAGCCUCAGCUCUUGGCUGUGCCAAUGAAACUGUUACUUCUCAGACGCUAUUGUGUUCGGUGAGAAGCAGCAAAACAAUCGGAGUAGUGAAAUCUCUCACACCGCUCCUACCACCCACGGGAUUCUGCAGCAGCUCUCACCGAAUGUCCCAACCUUAAAGAUUCAGUUUUAACAGAUAUAUCUAUUGAUGCAUACGCAUAAAACAGAGAUAUUGGCUAUUAGCUAGAGUAACACUGUGCUAGGCUCUUAUGAGCAAACCCAGAAAAAUCAGUUUUUAAGGCUCCAGGGCUGUAAAUACACCCGUGUGUAACUUCGGUCAAGCAGAAAGCCACAGCACAGCGUGUCUGGUGGUGUGGGGCAGGUGCUGGGCCUCUAACUCACCUUGCUGGGAACAGACAUGGCUCAGAACAUGGCCCAAACUUGAUGGGAAAAAAAAUAAUUGUAUUGUGUGAGUCUGCCAUGGUGAGAAAAUACUGUUUUGGGGAUCAGCAAGAAAGAUUUAAGUGCAGUCUGCUCUUUUGAACAAACACUUGCAUUUAAAAAGAAUGAUCAGAAAUUCCUUGUAAGGUUUGAACUGCUAAGCUAGAAAAUGAGAGGAUAUUACCAUAGUCCCUUACCUGUGGCAAGAAAUAUCUAUUUAUUAAGCACCAUCGACUUGGUCAUUCCACAGCCGGAUUUGCUUUUAGACAAAAGGUAUCUCAUGUGCCUGCCUGUCAAUGCCAGCUACACCUCCAGAGGACUCUGGUCAGUUUUGCUUUGUGCCUAGUAAUUAGGCACCUUUUCCCGAAGCCAGCAGUAAGAGGGACCUUUUCAAAGAGCUCCUCUCCCAGGUGCCACGGCUGCGGGCGAGCUUUUGGGGCUCAGUGGGCAGCGUCUGGCAUGCAUUGGGGUGCUGUGCCAGGGCUGGCCCAGCUCAGGUGCAGGGCUCUUGGUGCCGAAACCUCGGCCAGCAUCACAACAAGCGAAAGGACAGCGGCUGGGAAAGCCCUCCAUCCCCUGGCCGUGAAAGUGGCUUUUUGCGUGCCACCUUCUUCCCAGGCAUUGGGACUCGCCUUUAGCUGGGUCCUCCUCACUCUAUUCUGCUUGGUUCAGUGCUCCCUGAAGCAGACGACAGUGCCUGGAAGCGCAUCUCCCACUCCAACGCGGCUUGUUUGGUGCGGCGGCUGUCCCGCAGCCAUCUGCUUGUGCCGGAGCGGAGGCCUGUGGGUUUCCCACCCCUGCAAGACAGGCAGGAGGCUCCGCUGCGGCAGCACCCGGGGGUGCCGCGGGGGAGCCCCCGCCCGUCGGCGCGGUGCUGUGCGGUGCGGAGCGGUGCUGCGCGGUGCGGUGCGGCUCCGCACGGCCCCGGCAGGAGGCGAGCUGCCGCCGGCCCCGCUGCCAUCACGUGGCCGCCGGGUUUUCUCCCCGCAGCGGUAUGAGGAAGUCACAGCCGCCGCCGCCGCCGUCCGCAGCCUCGGCGGGCGCAGCCUCCGCCGCCGCCUCCCCGCCGCGCGAUAUGGUGGCUCCGAGCCGCGGUCGCCUCCCGGCGUGAAGCCGCCGUCGCGAUGGAGGAGCCCCCGGCGGCGGAGGAGUGGCAGGGGGCGACCCAGAAGAGGAAGGCCUGGGCCAAGAGCCGGGACUCCUGGCAGGCGUCGGAAGCGGAGGACUUCUCGGCAGCGGCGGCGGAGCUGGCCCGCGGCGAGGAGGAGGAGGAGGAGGAGGAAGACGACGAGGAAGAGGAGGAGGAGGAGGAGGACCACCUCGCCGGCGGCAAGCUGCCGCUGGCCGCAGAAGCAGGCCACAGCGUGCCCAACGAGAAGAUCGCGAUAUGGCUGAAGGACUGCAGAACGCCUCUGGGAGCCUCCCUGGAUGAGCAGAGCAAUCCUCUGUUGAAGGGCAUGCUGGUGAGAAAUGGAGGAAGUUUUGAAGAUGACUUAUCCCUGGGAGCCGAAGCUAAUCAUCUACGGAGUGAUACCCAAAUGGAAACAUGCAAUGGUAUGCUGGCGAAGGAGAGGAGGCUUCAGUUCCACCAGAAGGGGAGAAGUAUGAACUCCACCGGCUCUGGAAAAAGCAGUGCAACUGUUUCAAGUGUUUCUGAAUUACUGGAGCUUUAUGAGGAAGAUCCUGAAGAAGUGCUCUAUAACCUUGGAUUUGGAAGAGAUGAACCAGAUAUUGCUUCAAAAAUUCCAGCAAGAUUUUUUAAUUCAUCAUCAUUUGCCAGAGGGAUAGAUAUCAAAGUGUUUUUGAAUGCCCAGAUGCAGCGCAUGGAAGUGGAAAAUCCUAAUUUUGCUUUGACGAGUCGUUUUCGCCAGAUUGAAGUGCUUACUACUGUGGCCAAUGCUUUUUCCUCUUUGUAUUCUCAAGUCUCUGGGACUCCUUUGCAGAAAAUUGGUAGUAUGAACUCAGUGUCUUCCAGCAAAGAAGCUUCCAGCCCUCCCCCUUUAAAUCGCAGCAAUACAGCCAGUCGGUUAAUGAAGACCUUGUCUAAGCUCAAUCUGUGCGGUGCACAGCAGGCCGAUGGUAGUGGCUGUCCUAUACCUUCACCUGUUGAGAAAGGGAAAAGUCCAGCUGAACCAGGGAGUGAGGAAAAUGAUGCUAAAAAUGAAUCUAAGUUACAAAAACACUCUAAAAAGAAAGACUCUCCCUCUUUUCUGGCUACUGUAAAAGAGGAGAUAGCCAGUAGUCAGAUGAAUGCUACAGAUGCUCACAAACCCGCAAGCCUGCCUGCUGGAACUGAUGAUAAGCAAGAGAAUACUGUGCCUGCGGCAGAUGUGCAAAACAGCAGGCUGGCGAACCCCCAGGACAGACUGUGUGAAGAAUCUGGUCUUUUGGACUCUUCCAACCUCAGCAGCAGUUCCAACACGUCCAACAGCAGCACAUCCGAAAGCAGCGCCCCGACACAAAGGCCUCCUGUGGCAUCACCAGGUAGAGAGCCCUGCGUUCCCCUUGCAAACCCCUCCAUAAUGAAUCUCAUGCUUCAGCAGAAAGACUCCUUCGAGAUGGAAGAGAUCCAGAGUACAGAGGGAGAUCUACCACAGGUUCCAGCUUCUCACCAGCUGGCGGUGACCAAGUCAAGGAAAGAUCAGCUGUUACGGACUGCUAGUCAGCACUCGGAUAGUAGUGGCUUUGCUGAGGAUUCUUCCACAGACUGCUCUCCGUUUAAUCAGCUUCAGGUUCAGGAGUCUUUGCAAGGCAUGGGAAGCAGUGCUGACAGCUGUGACAGUGAGACAACCGUGACAUCACAUAGUGAGGAACAGAAGACACCAAUAGCCAAGGAACUGCCCUGUUUCAAUAAGUUUGAGGAGGAGGAAGAAGAUGAAGAGGAAGAAGAGGAGGAUGAUGAAGAUGAAGAGGAUGAUAUCUCUCAAGUAGAGAAAGGAAAGGUAGAGGCACAUUCUGAAAACAGAAGGAGAGAUGAUAAAAAAAUCCAUCACUAUGAAACUGAACAAAAUGGAGGAGAAAGCAAGUCAUCUUGUGUGUCGAAGACAGUUGCAGGAGAGGUCAGCUCUAAAGAGGAACAUGUUUCCAGUGAGCAAAAAGAAUUGGAGCUGCUGGAGGAAGGCAGUGAUGAAAGUGAUGUUGACAAAGACAAUGUAUUUGAGUUUCCUCAGUAUCAAACGCACCAUAUCCUCAAGUCACUGGAGUCUCUGGAAGGUGGCAGCUCCUCCCUGUCAUCUGUGGACAGGGUUCAUGUUGCUUUGCAAAGAGCCCAGAUGAGGAUCAUCAGCACAUCUGAUUCCAGGGCUGGACGCGCUUUCCUUAAGUCAAAAGAUCUCCUGAGGAAGCAGAGACAAUGGUUUGCUGAAUCGGGCUAUCCUCUAAGGCGGUCUCAGUCUCUCCCAACUGCAUUACUGAAUCCAGUGAAAGUGGUGUCCUCUGUGAACGUCCAGUUAGCUCCCGGAAAAGAGACUCUGUGUGGUCCUCCUUCUUUCACCUACAAGUACACACGUGUGGAAGAAGAUGAGAAAUUGACGUCCGGGGAUGACAAACAGGAGGGUAAGGCAGCUGCCAGCCAGCCUGUGUGCAAAUCUACGCUGUUCAUUGCGCCUUCAUCCUCCAAAAAAGAAGUUCCCCAGGCUGGGCCCCGUGGGCUGUCUGAGGAGCCCAGUCCCACCAGGGGACAGAGCUGCCCACUGCACACGCCAGCACACAUGUCCCACUCAACAUGCUCCCUCCACUCCCUUCCCACUGAGUGGCAGGACAGACCACUCUGUGAGCACGUGAGGACGCUGAGCACCCACAGUGUCCCGAGCAUCUCCGGUUCUUCCUUCAGCUCCUUGCUUUCCCCCUUUGGCUGUCCCUUCUCUCCAAGGCACUCUGGAUAUCCUCAUCGACCUCAUGCUAUCAACCCGCCCUCCACCGUGGAGAUGCAACUGCGCCGAGUCCUACACGACAUCCGAAACUCCCUGCAGAACCUCUCACAGUACCCAGUGAUGAGGGGUCAGGAUCCUUCAGCUGCCACCGGUUACACUACUCAGAGAUCAUCUAUUCUACCUCUCUAUGAAAAUACUUUCCAGGAGCUACAAGUUGUAAGGCGAAAUCUAAAUUUAUUUAGAACCCAAAUGAUGGAUUUGGAAUUGGCUAUGUUACGUCAACAGACAACAGUUUAUCAGCACAUGACAGAAGAGGAAAGAUAUGAAGCUGAUCAGCUGCAGAGCUUGAGAAAGUCUGUCCGCAUGGAGCUUCAGGAGUUAGAGAUGCAGUUAGAGGAACGUCUACUUGCUUUAGAAGACCAGCUGAGAAGUCUGCACAUGUCUUCCCCUUACAGACCUCAAACACACGUAGGUAUGUAUGGUAGCAGAAGUGCUGACAAUCUAUCAUGCCCUUCUCCACUGAAUGUCAUUGAACCAGUCUCGGAACUUAUGCGAGAGCAGUCAUUUCUGAAGUCUGAACUGAGUUUGGGACUGGGAGAUCUUGGACUGGAAACUCUGCCAGCAGAGGGUACAGAGUCCGUAUUCUCCCAUGGAAACUCUGAUUCCUCCUCAGUGUGCUCCACUGCAAGUAGAAAAGCUGGUGUUGGAUCCUCUGAGCUAACGGGAAAGUCAAAGAGUCAAAGCAAGAAGUUGUACCGAGCCUCUGUUGCCUUAACACCGGCACCCCCAGUGAGACCAGGCACUGGACAGCAGGUGGAAAGCUCUGAGGAGCUUGCAGACUCCAAGCUGGAGGUGGAGCAGAAACUCGAAAAAGUCCCUCGAAUGCCUUCAGUUGAUGAAAUCCACAAAAGCGUGGAGCAGGAAGAGCUGCAGCAAGUUAUACGAGAGAUCAAGGAAUCUAUUGUUGGUGAAAUAAGGCGAGAAAUAGUAAGUGGAUUGUUAGCAGCCGUAUCACCCCAAAGCAGAUCUGCAACUGCAAAACAAGAUGCACAGCCAUGAAAUGGGUACUACAGGUUGGAUGUAGUCCGAAAUGCUGUGGAAUUCUGCUUUGGGUGGCAUACACUGGCAAGUGUCAAGUUGUUUUUGCUUCAGGAGACGUUAAAGCUGCUGAGAUAGGCUACUGUAUUCGACGCUUGGUUCUAUGAUGUGUGCCUUUCCUUGAGUUCCUAUCUAAAGACUUAGACACUUUAACUCGUUUAUUACUCUCCAUAAAGCAUCAACAAAAUUGUGGCUCUCUGAAAGGUUUUGUAUUUAUUUGUAUGUCCUUGUUGUAAAUUUUUAUGUAGCUAAUUUCUUUUAGUGAUGCAUCGUGAAACUUGAAAAUUUGCAAACUUAACCAAUUUAUAAAUAACACGCUCACGUUCAGCCUACCUUUUUAAAAAAAAAAAAAAGAAAAAGAAAAAAAGAAAAAAACAACAACAAAAAAAAACACUGACCUCUAUGAGGUAUUUAUUGUGCAAUAACUGAUCCACUUUGAGAGCUUGAAACAACCAAUAAUUGUUUCCACUGCUGUUACUUAGUGCCACUUCAAAAGAAGGAAAAUAUCCUGUUGAAAAAAAUUGCUGUUAAUUCUUGGGGCGGUUACUAUUAGCAGAGUGGUUGAAUGACAUGAGGUUACUUAAAACUACUUAAAGUUCUGACACUGAAAGCCGUAUCUUUGUGUAGAAGACAACUUUUAACUAAUUUUAUUUGCUUCCUUACUGUUUGUUUGCCCAUCCCUCUGUAGAAAAGUGCCUUAUUUUAAGCACUGUUUUUGUCUUUGUGUUGACUGCUCUCAGUCAUUCCAAGAAACGGUCUCUUCUGAUUUAUAUUAACAAAAUGCAAUAAAAGUACUGAUAUUCUGAAAGCAAUUAGGAUGUGCAACUUGGAAUGGAUGAAUGACCUUGCUUGUAUUACGGGGAAAAUGGAAAAAAAAUCUUUUCCUUCCCUAUCCUUCACUGAUUCUAUUUUCAGUUAGACUAGUGAACAUGCAUUUGUUCCAGUGGAGAAAAUUGGAAGUCAUUGGAGGUUUUAUGUGGUCAAAUAGACACUUAGUGGAUAUGUAAUAUCCCAUUUUGCUGUGCUUGGAAUCUCUUUACUCCUUUGCCAUUUCCAGCAACUAAAACUCUUUACUGUGUCAAGGUCUUUAAUCAAAAAUAGUUUGAAAUGUAACAAUAUUAGAAGAAAAAGUUUAUAAGAUUUUUAAUUGUGUUAGGAAGACACACAAGGGCUGAUUUCUUUAAAAAAAAGUGUAUAUUAAACCAAUAAAAUAUUUAUUUUGCCUAUAA